CGACGUCGUUAACGCAUCGGGAACAUCUUUCUGUUCCUCGUUUCAGCGAUGUAGCAGUAGUACCCAGUGGAGUGGAGCAAUGGCUUGCCUUAGCCGAAUCUUCCUUAUUCUGAUGAUUACUAUGUCUUCUUCGUCUCCUCCUUUCUGUUCCGGUGGAAGUCGGAAGGAGCUCCGAGAUAAAGAAAUUACGAGUAAGAGUGAUGAUACACAGGCGAGUUAUGUUUUAGGAUCUAAAUUUGUGGACCCGACACGUGUUCUUCAACUUUCAUGGCUACCAAGGGUCUUUCUAUACCGCGGGUUCUUGUCGGAGGAAGAGUGUGAUCAUCUGAUAUCUCUGAGAAAGGAGACUACAGAGGUUUACUCAGUGGAUGCUGAUGGAAAGACGCAACUUGAUCCAGUAGUUGCUGGGAUUGAAGAAAAAGUUUCUGCGUGGACUUUCCUCCCAGGAGAAAAUGGCGGCUCUAUCAAGGUAAGAAGUUACACUUCUGAGAAGUCAGGAAAGAAGUUGGAUUAUUUUGGAGAGGAACCUAGCUCCGUAUUGCAUGAAUCUUUGCUGGCAACCGUCGUUCUCUACCUCUCAAACACAACUCAAGGAGGAGAGCUUCUCUUCCCAAAUUCAGAGAUGAAACCCAAAAACAGUUGCUUGGAGGGCGGUAACAUUUUAAGACCAGUAAAAGGAAACGCAAUUCUGUUCUUCACCAGGCUCUUGAAUGCAUCUUUGGAUGGGAAAAGCACUCAUUUGAGGUGCCCUGUGGUGAAAGGAGAACUGUUAGUGGCAACAAAACUGAUCUAUGCGAAGAAACAAGCAAGAAUUGAGGAGAGUGGGGAAUGCAGUGAUGAAGACGAAAACUGUGGACGAUGGGCUAAGCUUGGGGAGUGCAAGAAAAACCCUGUCUAUAUGAUUGGCUCUCCUGAUUACUACGGUACCUGCAGAAAGAGUUGUAACGCUUGUUGAUUCUUCAAUCUUAUCGCAAAUAAUUGAACAUUUUCAUACUCAAGUACUUGAGCUGUUUUUGGUCUAUAAGAUAGAAUAAAUAGUGAAUAGUUAAGGGUCGUGGUGGUAAUUAAUUCCUCUUGGCCAUAGGAGAAAAGAAUAUACUCACUUAGAUCUUCUUUGAUAUAACUAGAAGUCUUUGUCUAUGUUGUUAUCUAUGUUUCUCUCGAAUCAUAAAUUUGCAUCUUGCUGUUUCUUACGCAGCAUAGUCCCUUUCUCUUGCUAGUUCCAACAUUUUUAAAAUUGCAAUUUCCUAUAAAUACUAGAUAUUUUAAAAACAUA